AUGGAUGACGCUUUGGAUGAAUGGGAAACCGCGAAUCUUCAACUGCAAAUUGAAGGAUCUGAGGAACUUUCUGAUCCUUGGGAGAAGAUAAUUUCGUUUAUUCAAUCUAUUUGUUUAUGCUUCGAACAUGUUGUUGGGCGUCGUGAAAUUAAUCUGAAGAUAAAGGGGUUCAUCGAGAAACUAGAUUCGAUUGAUCAAAAGAAAGAUGAGUUUGGUUUUCUUCCAAGUGGUGGCCAUGAUUUGCAGGAAUUUAAUCGAAAUGAAUCGACUUCUUUUGUUGAUUCUGCAAGUGUACAUGGUCGAACCUUUAACGAUCCUGAGGUUAAGGAGCAUUUUAAUCCAAAAAUAUGGAUUUGUGUUUCGGAUACUUUUGACGUGAAGAAGAUUGCAAAAUCAAUUCUUGAGGCCGUUGGGAAGAAUUCCUCCAACACCUGGGGUUUGCAAACGUACUUGGAACACGUGAAAGACUCAGUUUCAAACAAAAGAUUUCUUAUUGUCCUAGAUGAUGUGUGGACUGAGGACCGUGAGAGGUGGGAACCCCUGAAAAACUCUCUCCAGGGUGCCCCCGGAAGUAGAAUUUUGGUGACAACAAGGAGCGAACGGGUUGCAAGAGCGAUAAGCACGGACACACGGCAACCAUUGGGCCAACUAUCCCAUGAUGAGUGCUGGUCAUUAUUGAGGAUCUAUAAACUAAUAAAUCUAAGACACCUUCUCUUUGAUUGCGAUUCGAAUUCAAUUCCUCAAGGAGUGGAGAGAUUAACCGGUCUUUGGAUUUUGAGCGGUUUAAUUGCGGGAAGAGGAUCGAGGAAGUUGGGAUAUUUGAGAAAACUAAACCAACUUCGAGGAUCUCUAAAACUUUUUCUAGGAGACUUGACUGAGUUAGAAGACUUGGUUGACGCUGAGAAUGCAGAAUUGAAAAAUAAGAAAUACAUUCAAGUGUUGAACUUCUAUUUUGCUGGGGAGGUGAUGGUGGACAUAAUGGAGGCUCUUCAACCACCUCCAAACCUGCAUUAUUUAAGAAUGUUUGGAUACAAGGGCACCCAAUUGCCAGUAUGGAUCACCACGUCCCUUAACUAUUUAAGGGUGCUUAAUUUGUCACUGUUUGGGAACUACUCAUCUUUGCCCCCGUUGGGAAAACUGCCGAUGCUUGAGGAGCUUAAUAUCAUAUGGAUGGAUAGCAUGAAAUACGUGGGCAAUGAAUUCUUGGGAAUAAUGGAACCGAAUGCGGGACCUGCAUUCCCCAAGUUGAGGAAAUUGCUUUUUUCCGAAUGUGACAACUGGGAAAAGUGGGAGGAUAUAACUGGGGAUGAAAAAGACCAUCUCUUAAUAAUGCCAUGUCUCAGGGAGUUAGAAAUCAUUGGUUGCGACAAGUUAAAGGCAUUGCCACAUUGCCUCCUUCGUACUCUGGAGUAUUUGACUGUCAAGUACUCCUUAUGUCUAGCUUCACUUUACGGGGACAGGACUGGAGACGAAUGGGACAAGAUAUCUCACAUUCCCCACAUUAAGGUAGACAGUUUGGAAGAUAUAAACAGGUAUGAUUUUUGUUUAAGAGCGUCUGCUCUUAUCAGAUUUUUUUAA